UUCACCUUAGACCUAAUGGCACUGAAAGAGGAGAAAGUAGUACUUGAUGAAAAUGAAGAGGAAGAUCAAUAUGAGAAUCUUCAUGAUUUCAUAACUGAAGAAAAAUAUUUUUGUUGCUCAAAGACUGAAAAGACUCUCACGCAAAAAAGAGCUCAAGAGUCAGAAACUCAAAGUUAUUUUACUUGCUUUCGGUUUGGAAAGAGUUUCAGUCAACGAGGAAACCCUAAAGACCACAAGAGAAUUCACACGGGAAAGAAGACUUUCAUCUGCCAACAGUGUGGAAAAAGUUUCAAUCACAGAGGAAACCUUACCAGGCACAUGAGAGUUCACACUGGAGAAAAGCCUUACACCUGCCCUCAGUGUGGACACAGUUUUGCUCAAAAAGGACACCUUAAUGUUCACAUAAGACUUCACACUGGAGAAAACCCUUACAUAUGUCCUCAGUGUGGAAAGAGUUAUGCUCAACUAGGAAACUUUAAGAUCCACAUGAGAAUUCACUCUGGGGAGAGCCCUUUUACCUGCCAACAGUGUGGAAAGAGUUUCACUCGUAAAGAAAGUCUUGACAAGCACAUAAGAAUUCACACUGGAGAAAAGCAUUUCACCUGCCCUCAGUGUGGAAAAAGUUUCGCUCUAAAAGAAAACGUUACCAGGCACAUGAGAACUCACACUGGAGAGAAGCCUUACACAUGCCAACGCUGUGGAGAGAGUUUUGCUCAACAAGGAAACCUUAAUAUUCACAUGAGAGUUCACACUGGAGAGAAUCCUUACAUAUGUCUAAAGUGUGGAAAAAGUUUCAGACAACAUGGAAACCUUACAGUCCACAUGAGAAUCCACAACGGAGAAAGGCCUUUUUCCUGCCAGCUGUGUGGAAAAAGCUUCACUCGUAAAAUAUGUCUUAAAAGGCACAUGAGAGUUCACACUGGAGAGAAGCCUUACACCUGCCCUCAGUGUGGAAAGAGUUUCUGUCAACAUGGAAACCUUACAGUCCACAUGAGAAUCCACAACGGAGAGAGGCCUUUUUCCUGCCAGCUGUGUGGAAAAAGCUUCAUUCGUAAAAUAUGUCUUGAAAGGCACAUGAGAGUUCACACUGGAAAUAAGCCUUAGACAUGUUAAAAGUGUGUAGAGAGAGUUUUGCUCAACAUGGAAACCUUACAGUCCACAUGAGAAUCCACAAUGGAGAGAGUCCCUUCACGUGCCAACAGUGUGGACAAAGUUUCAA